AUGUCUUAUUCAAUAUUCCAGUCAUCUGAUGAAUUGGAUUCAUUAGGGGUGCACAUACGCUGUGUCUUCUUAACUGUGGCAGGAGACAACGCCUCGCCAUACAAUGGGGACGAGGGUUCAAGUCAACAACCAGUAACUUCACCUGUGCCUGAGAGGAAACCACAGUUGUUGCCCUUCGAUCUCUCUACGGAAAAGGAAGUCAAAAGCAAAAACGCCCAUGGCCACACGCAAACGAACCCCAAGCGUCCAGAGCAGAUAGUCCAUUCGGAGUCCAGCACCACGCAGACACAGCCCUCAUCUGUAAGUGGUGUGAUCAUCCCCAAUAUUUCCCGCACCGACCUGGACUUGGAGUACCGAGACGAUGGAGCUUGUGGCAUCCUGGGCGAGGGCGGGUAUGGAUACUUCCAACGCGGGAAACUUGUGCAAGAAGAGCAGACGACAGACAUCGCUGCUGAGUUUUUCAAACCUAACCGUGCGUCCGUGGAAGAAAUUGAGAGAGAGGUUAAGACACAACGGUACCUGCAGGUCACAGGUGCGGUACCCAAGGUCCACGGGCUAAUCAACAUGGCAAGGAGGAGCAGCGAUCCUAUUCUGGUCAAGGAAUAUGUUGGUCAGGGAACAACCGUGGAGGGCCUGAUGCUUAGAGGCGGAGAGAAAAAGACAUGGCUGCAGUUUGCCAUACAAGGGGCAAAGGGCCUUCAGAAAAUUCACAAGAAAGGUGUCCUUCUGAACGACAAAGAGUUUGACAACAUCCUUCUGGAUGAGAGCAACGACCGCCUCAAGGUGAAAUUCGUGGACAUGGGUAUGGCGACGUAUAACUCUAGCUACACCGGCACCGUGGAUCCGGCCGACAUGGCGGACCGUCAUCACAUUGCCCAGGAAGUUGUUUAUCAAGCGCCACCUAGUGUCAAGUCAGACCUGUACAGCUUCGAGUACGUCUUACGAACAGUUGCGGAGAAUGCCGAUCCGCUUAAACUGGAGAUUUUAGGAACGGCACUAAGUCGAGAUUUAAUCCUCUUGUUCAAUAGAUGGCUCCUGCUUCAGUUCCUCCGUCUACAGAACCCGGAAUUGUUCCAGCAUUCUCAGGGGCUGUCUCUGGUUCUCCCCGAGUCAUUGUAA